AUGCACACACCACCUUCUCGUGCAGGUGCUCCUGUAACCCAAAAUUAUGGUGGUAUAAGUGGAUAUUAUCCUCCGCAAAAAGGUGGAUAUCCUAAACAGACUGGAUAUUCCCAACCUACUUACUCACAACCAAACGCGUACCCGAAUAUGCAAGGGAGUCAUCAUUAUGCACGACAAAAUUCUGGUUAUCAAGGCUACCCACCAACUACACCACCACCUAACCAACAAAGCUUUUCACCAAUUACACCGCCACCAAAUCAACAAAGCUUUCCACCAAAUACGUUGUCUGUAAACCAACAACAUGCAAAUCCACAGAAACCACAAUCUAAUGAGAAACCGAAGAGCAAACACGGACUUUUAAACUUUAAAAAAUUUUAA